AUGGCUGAUACUGUUUCCAUACGGAGAAGAUGCUCGUAUGCUCUACAAUCCAAUCCGAACGAGGACAAGGUUUACAAUUCUCUGAUAGACUUUUCCGGGACUCGAUUCCUGGCAAACUCGGGUAAGUGGUUCCUGGUGCUAGAUUCUCGAUCCAAUUUGUACAUUGAGUAUAGAAUCGAUGCGUUUCGUGAGAAUAGAAUCGAUCUUCCGCCUCUAGAGUCGCUCUUAUCGAGUACUAGUAGUAUCAAACAUGUGGGAGAUGAGGAAUUUAAAAGGGAAGAAACUGGUCGUGUCUCCAAUUUCAUUCUGAGAGCCAAUGUUCAGAGGGGUCUUUUGUGGGUAGACGCCAAGACAGGAGAGUACGUUGUAGUGUGGUUCUUCGACACACCUGCCACUUACUUAAGCUUUUGCAAGAAAGGGGAUGCUUAUUACACUGACAUUCCGCUGCGUCUCGGAGUCCCCAAGCUGCUACCUGAUUAUCUGAUGUGGUUCUACGGGGUUACAGUCUGUACAUCUUAA